UCUACUCCCACUGAUUUUAAAAGCCAUUAACACGUACUCUUACUUGAUUCCUGUACCUGCAUUUCAUUUCGGAAGCACCGAUCACUCACUCACUCACUCACUCACAAGAGCUAGAGCUAGCCACACCCACUGCGCACACAACCAGCUAGCUACUACAGCUCAGAGCCAUGAAGGAGAAGCACCACAAGCACGAGCACCGGCUCCGGCGGUGCUGCGGGGGCUUCGCGGCGUGCCUGCUGGCCCUAGUCCUCAUCGUCGCCUUCACGGCCCUCGUCGUCUACCUCGCGCUCCGGCCCACGAAGCCCACCUUCUUCCUGCAGGACCUGCAGCUCCGCUCCAUCCACCUGGGCGACCCGUCCCUCUCCGCCACGGCACAGGUGACGCUCGCCUCCCGCAACCCCAACGACCGCGUGGGCGUCUUCUACAGGCGCCUCGACGUGUUCGUCACCUACCGGGACGAGCCGGUGACGGUGCCGGUCUCCCUGCCGCCCAUGUACCAGGGCCACCGGGACGUCACCAUCUGGUCCCCCGUGCUCUCCGGGGAGUCCGUCCCCGUGGCCGGCUACGUGGCCGACGCCAUGAGGCAGGACAUCGCCGCAGGGUACGUCGUGUUGCAGGUCAAGGUGGAUGGCCGCGUCAAGUGGAAGGUCGGGAGCUGGGUCUCCGGAAGCUACCACCUCUUCGUCAGCUGCCCCGCCGUGCUCGCCGCUGGCCCCGGCGGCAUGUCGACGUCGCUCGCGGGAUCUGCAGGCGGCCUCAACGGCUCCCUCUCCGUCGCGUCGCUGAAAUUCACGCAGCCCACGGGGUGCACCGUCGGGACAUGAUAGGAUUUCGCAGCUAGCCAGUGGUUGUUGUUCAAUUUGAUCGUGUCUCUGAACUGUUCAGCUUUUUUUCCUGUAGUAAAUUGUGGCUCGAGUUGUUGAUUGAUUUUUGUUAAUGUCUUAUGUAUGUACUGGCAGAAUAAAUAAAAAUGUACUUUUGAUUUCGGAAUUUCUUA